CGAGAGACAGGUCUUCAAUGAAAUUUACCCGGUCUGGACAUACUCAUAUCUGGUGCUGCUGUUUCCCGUGUUCCUGGCCACGGACUACCUCCGCUACAAGCCCGUCGUCCUGCUGCAGGGCUUCAGCCUCAUCGUCACGUGGUUCAUGCUGCUGUACGCCCAAGGCCUGCUGGCCAUCCAGUUCCUGGAGUUCUUCUACGGCGUGGCCACGGCCACGGAGAUCGCCUACUACUCGUACAUCUACAGCGUGGUGGACCUGGACAUGUACCAGAAGGUCACCAGCUACUGCCGCAGCGCCACGCUGGUGGGCUUCACCGUGGGCUCGGUCCUGGGGCAGAUCCUGGUGUCGGUGGCCGGGUGGUCCCUGUUCAGCCUGAACGUCAUCUCCCUGACCUGCGUGGCGGUGGCCUUUGCCAUGGCCUGGUUCCUGCCCAUGCCGCAGAAGAGCCUUUUCUUCCACCACGUCGGCCCCGCCCCGCAGCGACCGAACGGGAUCAAGGCACAGAACGGGGACGUGGUCAGCGGGGACCGGGCCUUGAAUAACCUCCCGGGCUGGGAGGACAUAGAGUCCAAGAUUCCUUUAAAUGUGGAGGACCUUCCCGCCGUGGAACCGGAGCAGAAAGACCACCUCCUCGUGCUGAAGGUGCUCUGGAACGACUUCCUGAUGUGCUACUCCUCCCGCCCCCUGCUCUGCUGGUCCGUGUGGUGGGCGCUGUCCACCUGUGGCUAUUUCCAGGUGAUCAACUACACCCAGGGGCUCUGGGAGAAAGUGAUGCCCUCCCGCCACGCAUCCAUCUACAACGGUGGAGUGGAGGCCGUCUCUACCCUGCUCGGAGCCGUUGCGGUGUUCGCUGUUGGUUACAUCAAGAUAUCGUGGUCGACAUGGGGCGAGAUGACCCUGUCCCUGUUCUCCCUCCUGAUCGCGGCCGCGGUGUACAUCAUGGACACGGCGGGGAAUAUCUGGGUAUGCUACGCAAGCUAUGUUAUCUUCAGGAUUAUCUACAUGCUGCUCAUCACUAUCGCAACGUUCCAGAUAGCUGCCAACCUCAGCAUGGAGCGCUACGCCUUGGUGUUCGGGGUGAACACCUUCAUUGCCUUGGCUCUGCAGACUGUUCUCACCCUGGUGGUGGUCGACGCCAGCGGCCUGGGCUUAGAAAUCACUACCCAGGUAAGGUCCAUCCCCGGGUGGGAUCCAAGAGUCUCACUGCAUGUUGGAGCUUUGGGCCUACUGGACCACCCACCCACUCCGCGGCUGAGACCCCCAUCCUACCCCGAGGGAUGGAGGAGGAGCGUGGGACACCUAACCCUAAUUUUCAAAGUCAAAUUGGCUGGCUUCUGGUUAUUUUAG